AUGAGAGGCCGCGAAAUCUAAGUAGUGGGCGGUCUAGAUAGACAAAAGAAUGUGACGUGUCCACAACUCUCCACACUUAGAACACGACGAGACGCCCACCAACUUCCAAAUAUGGAUAGGUGAGGUAUAACAAUUCUGGAUUAGAAGACUAUUUUUUUGUCCGCUCCUGCUUUUCACCGCCGGUAGAGCAUUGUUGGUCAUUCUAAAAAUUGCACGGUCUCGAGCAAGAAAUCGUCACAGCGGGUUCUCGUGGCAUUCCUCCCUGUAUGUGCGCUAGCUGACAGGGGUGUACCAUAAAUCUAGUCCCGUGUACAGCACCGUGUAUAUUUGUACUUGCGGACACUACACCAGACAGACAGACUGUGGCGCGCGGAGACUGGGAACGUUCGGUCACAAGGUAGGGUCGGUUGGGCAAGGGCACGAAAUACAUUUGUACUGUUUCAAUCAUUUCUAUGCAUUGUUCUGUAAUGUAAUCGGUGCUAGCUAAUACGUUUGAGAAAACUGUAGCUUGCUACGUGUAGUAGUCCGUAAUAACCAAGUAGCUAGCUAGCUAGCUAACUUCAAUAGCUAGAAAUUGGAGGAACGUUAGCUAGCUAGCUAUUAUGCUAAAACUGCAACUAGCUACUGAAAUAUGAUCCUCCUAGCAGCAAGGACAAUAACAAUAUAUGAAAUAUGAUCCUAGCAGCAAGGACACAGAAACCGCAAGAUUCUAGCAGAAUAAGAAAAUAGAGAGUAGUCUACUCUACCCACCCCAGGUCUGACGUUUUCAGUGUCCUACAUUGGUGGGAACGACAUGCUAUGAUUGGCUGCAAAACUGGAAAAUGUUUUCUAGCCAGUUGGCUGGUACCGGCAAGAUGUCCAAAUGUAUUGCGCCCCCUAGAACGGAACGAAUGAGUAGUAAUAGGCAUGUAGUAACCAUAUCAUAAUGCUGACAUUUAUUUUGGUGCAUCCCAGGUUCCCUAUCCAUUCUACUAACUACACUGAUGUGGGCGUAGUAGUCUGGGUGAGUGACAAGACCAUUGAAAAGAAACAGAGACAAGAUGAGUAGUACCAAGAGGAAAGCAGAAGGGCACUCUAGGAACAUGGGAAAACUACGAACCAUGAAGUCUGGAAGCUCCAGAACAGACUCAGAGAGAGACUCUGGCUUCUCAGGUUAGUCCUUCACAUGGUUAUUUAACUCUGAUGUCUUCACGCCCAUCUUUAUCAUCUUAUUUCUACUACACUUCCCUUUAUUGAUUCCCAACUGUCUUCUCCCACCAUAUCAUUGAAGUUGUCUUUAUUUUCUGCUCCCGAUAACACUGAAUCGUACUUCUCCUCCUUCCCUCUACAGAUGCCAGCACCAUAGACCCGACAGAUUCUGAGGGCUCGUCGCACUCGGUGUCCAAAAGAGAGGUUCAGCGCCCUGGAUCAGUGUUGGGGGCACAACCCUCACAGCUAGCUGUGGUGGGGGGGUCCUACUCCAACAUACCCCCCAUGAUCAUCCAGCAGCCUCAGGUGGUCUUCCUACAACCUGUGGUCUCCCACCGCACCACCUCCAACCCCAAGGAGGCCUCCUCUAAACACCGGCGCCCAAAAAAGUUCCUUCCCAUCCUCAGGUCCUACCCCAAGAUUGCCCCUCACCCUGGGGACAGCUCGAGUUCCUCUGGGAGAGGAAGCUCUUGUUCUUCCUCCUCUUCUUCCUCCUCGGGGUCAGAGAGAGGCGGUUUGUCGUCCAGCCACCGGGAGCGCCAUCACAACCACAGAGACAAACAGCAGAGGCAGCAGUCUGGUAGUUCUAGCUCUGUUUCUUCUGGUUCCAGCACCCCCAGUCUCCCUCCUCCAACUAGUUCUCUGUCCCCCUCUCCCCAGCGCAGGCUCACCCUCACCCUCUCCCUCACAGACUCCAGUGCCUGUAGCAGUCCUGCUAGACCCUCUCCCGCUGUCAGUAGAUCAGAGUUCACCCCCGCUCCGUCCUUUACCGUAACCCCUUCUCACACCCUCAACUUUGAGCACCCUGAGAAACCCAAGUCCCAGCCCCUCUCCCUCCCACAACCCACCGCCGCCACAACCAAUGACAACAGCUGCCAUGACGACAACAGCGAUGGCGAUGACCACGACAUCAAGCGUAAGCGCUUCUGCAACACGUACAACAUCCUGUCCAAGUCUGGCCUGCUGGACAUCACCCUGAGAACCAAGGACCUGCUCCGUCAGAACCGCAGGACACAGGGAGACCUGGACCGGCUCAAGGAGCACACCAACCUCUUCCUGCAGGCCCUGCAGACCGGAGACACCAGCAUCUGGAGCAAGCUGCAGACCAGCCUCCAGGAAGAAGAGAAAGAGACAGAAGAUAAAGGAAAGGGUAGUGGGCAGCAGAGCAGCUUAAAGGCAGAUACAGCUUAGACAGGGACUAAGUAAAAGCAGGGUUUAAUAUGUUAGACUAGGGGAGAGACUGAGUUGAGGUGGGGGAGGCUGGGACUUUGGCUGACUGAGGAAGCUGGACCGGCAGAAAUGUGCCCACAAUGAUCACACAAAAAGACAGAUACUCUGACCUGCACACUAGUAGUAGUCUCCCUGCACUGCUGCCUGGUUCAGCUGCCCUAAACCAGGCCAGGCAAACUCCCUCUACACACUAGCCUGCCUGCUUUACCCUAAAUCAGGCUAGGCACACUCCCAGUAAACACUGUAGCCUGCCUGCCUUACCCCCUAAACCAGGCCAGGGUGGAUGGGAGGCUUCUGUACAAUAUGAAAUCGGUCUAUUCCCUAUAUAGUGCACU